AUGGCUGAAUAUGAAGCUUGUAUUCUUUGUUUGAAAAUGGUCAUCGACAUGAAUGUCUACGAGUUAUUGGUUAUUGGAGAUUCAGACCUUUUGGUUCAUCAAGUUCAAGGAGAAGGGGUUGUGAAGAACCCAAAGAUUAUACCGUACAUGCAAUAUGUGCAGAAGUUGUGUAAGAGGUUCGGAGUAACAGAGUCGAUCAUUACUGAUAAUGGUUCAAAUCUUAAUAGUCAAUUGAUGAGAGAUAUAUGUGAGCAAUUUAAGAUCACGCACCAGAAUUCAAUUGCUUAUCGUCCUCAAAUGAAGAGAACUAUAAAGGCUGCCAAUAACAAUAUCAAGAAGAUCCGGAUGAAGAUGAUUGACAAUCACCGAGGUUGGCACGAGAUGUUGCCAUAUGCUUUAUUGGGUUAUCGAAUGACUGUCAGAACGUCGACUGGAGCUACUUCAUACUUGUUAGUAUAUGGAACAGAAGCAGUCAGACCCGCCGAAGUUGAAAUACCGUCCUUGAGAAUUAUCCAAGAAGCUGUGUUGAGUAAUGUUGAAUGGGUUAGCCAGCGAAUUGAUCAGUUAACCUUGAUCGACGAGAAGAGAAUGGUUGUCGUUUGUCAUGGUCAACUAUAUCGACAGAGAAUGAUUUGA